CGGCGCCUAUACGGCGAUUACCGCGGGCGCAUCGAGAAGGCGCUGAAUGACGCAGACGAGCUACGCUGGUGGAGCCACAGCAGCCAGGGGGCGUUCCAGGCGGACCGGACGGGCGGCCUCCAGCCGUGCCGACUCUGCCGGGCGUCCCUGGAGACCGCGACGCACCUCCUCACCCAGUGCGAGGAAGCCGCCGACCUCCUGGCAGCCUGGGCCGCCGCAGCUCCGCCGCAGCCAGACCAGCGGGCGCGCUGGCUCCUCGGGGGUGGCCCGCCCGAGAAGGCCGUGGAGGCGACACUCGCCAUCCGCAGCCUCGAGCAGCGGUGCCG